CUGAAUUGUGAAGCGUCCAACAGAUGAAUUAAAGGAGCAACAGCCCGCACAGCACUGCGGAUAACCGGAUAACCUCCCUGCUCACCGUACCCACGGUACGUAGACCCGAACAUGCCGUCUCCCAAAGCGAAAAACUCCGGUCGCGGAAGCCCGGUGCUCGGAGGCGCCAACGGCCGCUACGAGUUCAUGUCUCUGACGAAGCCGCUGAACCGGUCCUCUCCGCCGCCGCCGCUCCUCCUCCAGCGGCAGGGCUCCGACCCGACCACUGCCCGCCUCCGGUUGUCGGAGAGCCCCACUCGGCGCCGAGGCUCCGGCUCCUCCUCCGCCGGCCAGGUCCCCCCCCCGGAGGAGGACGGCAUCCGCCUCAACCCGUCGUUCGCGCGGGUGGCGCUCAGCUCGCUGCUCGCCGUCGACCUGUGGAUGUCCAAGCGGCUCGGGGUGUGCGCCUGCGAGGACUCCGCGUGGGGCAGCGUGCGGCCCCUCAUGAAGCUGAUCGAGAUCUCCGGGCACGGCAUCCCGUGGCUGGCCGGCGCCGCGUACUGCCUGUACAAGAGCGACAGCGCGGCGGGUCAAGAGGUCAUGCUCAACCUGCUGAUGGGCCUACUUUUGGACCUGAUCCUGGUCACCAUCGUCAAGGCGUCGGUGCGACGCCGUCGGCCGGCACACAACCGCAUGGACAUGUUUGCCACCUUCUCCGUGGACCGCUACUCCUUCCCCUCGGGCCACGCCACCCGCGCCGCCAUGUGUGGGCGGUUCCUGCUGGCCCACCUGGUGCUGGCCGCUCCGCUGAGGGUCCUGGUCCUGCUGUGGGCCGGCCUGGUGGGGCUGAGCCGCGUGAUGCUGGGCCGCCACAACGUGACCGACGUGGUGUUCGGCUUCGGGAUGGGCUACUGCCAGUACAACCUGGUGGAGGUGCUGUGGCUCUCGCCUCAAACCCUGCAGGGGCUGCUGGGACAUCUAGCCUGACCCCGGAGGGAGCCCAUGCACGCCGUUGGGUCUUUGAGACGGAGAACAUCUGAGAAGAGAGAACUGUGGAAACGCCUCUGGAGACAUUUGGUCACACUUCAAUCAUUCUAUUGUGCAGGAAGGACGGCGUCAAGUUUGUUCAUCACGUCUGAUUAAUGUUUUACUAGAAUGUGAAACCACACACGUCAUUCAGAAGAACCAACGCACGCCGUCGUUUCUCAUCUACCGACUAACUAGCCGACGUCACCAAGCAUCGCGGGUACAUUUCUUCCCCCCUUCUGUUUACAUAAAGCUUGAAAUGUUCCACAAAUUCUCAGUUAGACGUUCAGCGAGGUUUUAAUGUGUGAACGAAUUAACGGCAGUGUGUGUGUGUGUGUGUGUGUGCGUGUACACAAACCCUCGCCGCUAACGACACCUCUCCAGCUCGUCUGAUGAGCAGCAUCUCAUGCAGCGUUGAACACGUCUUUAUUCCCCUCUGCGUGACGAUUGUGCUUAAACUAAUCUAACAGCCAGU